UAAAGGAGAAAAUAACGAUGAUUGUCUAGUGUAUGAGAUUGGGCUUUCUUGUGUUUCCCGGUUUAUAUAAGUAACGUUAGUUUUAUGUACACUUUUUGUUACGCUAAGGACGUUUUUCUCCAAAGACCUGGCAACCUUGGGUGUUAUUAAAUUCAGAAUCUGGUUUCGCGAGUCGUUUGGACUACUCAGCAGAUUUCCUCAGCUGCCCUCAUUGAUGCCAGGUGUCACAAAGAUGAUGGACAACAUUGUGAUCCUUGAUGAUGAUGAAACCCAAGAACCUUCCUCGUCUACGUUACAUCUUCAAACGACUUCUUGUGUGUCCAGUCCAGCUAAGGUCCAAGGGUCUAAGACAACCCACAUAACACAGUCACCUUUUGGUACUGCUAAGAAGGCAGCCCAUAUCUUGAAAGUAGAGAAUGAGAAGCUCUUUGAAGAGUUUGUGGCACACUGCACAGUGCACACCCAAGACCAUCCAGAGGUCGUGACAUUCUUGCAGACAAAGUACUCAAAGGCCUCCCCUGACUUCCUGAUGUCAGUGGAGUUCCGGAAUGCUCUGGGUCGUUGCCUAACACGAGCCCAGGCCAACACCGCCAAAACCUUUGUUUACAUUAAUGAGCUCUGCACCCUUCUCAAGCAGCACUCGGCCAAGAGGAGGGCCCUCAUCCAGCCUCCCAAUCUCAAAAAGGAGAGUGAAGACAAAGGGGAGAAAGGGAACAUAGAGGAAAAGGACCCGUCUAAAUCAAUUGAGCCAGAAGAGUUGGGGGAGGAGAAGAAAACUAAAAGAGCUUCGAGGAGACAGAUAGCGUACCUGGAGAACCUGCUAAAGGUUUAUAAUGAUGAGAUCAAACGGCUACAGGAGAAGGACUUGAGUUUGGAGGAUCUGGAGACGGAGGACUGCAGUUACAUCCAGGAGCACAAGCUCAAACGUAAAAUGAUGAAGAUCUAUGAUAAACUGUGUGAGCUGAAGGGCUGCACCACAUUGACUGGCAGAGUAAUAGAGCAGAGAAUUCCCUACAGUGGCACACGCUACCCUGAGAUCAACAAGAAGAUCGAGCGAUUCAUAAACAAGCCAGAAACCCAGCAGAAUCCUCCAGACUACACUGAUAUCCUACAAGUGGUGAAACAUGCUAAUGAACGUUACAAUCUCUUGCUCAGCCGAAAGCAGCAGAUGCAGAUUGCACAGGAGGCGUUCCGCGAGACGGGGAACAGGCUGCAAGAGAGGCGGCACCUGGACAUGGUCUACAACUUCGGCUCUCACCUAACAGACCUCUAUAAGCCCACCUCAGACCCUGCCCUGUCUAACCCAGUGUUGGCUCAGAACCUGCGCUCCAACAGAGAGGUAGCUCUCACGAGGUUGGAGGAGGUCAUCAAUAAAUAUGCCUAUAAACAAGAUGAUACAGAAGAAGAGGAGAGGCAGAAACGUCAGGAGAAAGAGAGACAGAAGAAAGAGCAUAAUGUCACAAAAGCACAAGAGAAUGAGAAGGAAGAAGAUGAGCAAGAAGAAGAGGAAGAGCAGGAGGAGGAAGAGGAAGAUGAAGAUUCUUCAGACCCUGAUAUUGAGGAAGAGAUCCAGGCCAGUGAGGCACAAGUGGGGCCAGGUGAUGAUGAUGAUGAUGAUGAUGACAACAACGAGGAGGUGCAGUCAAACAACUGUGAUGAUGAACAGCCUAGCAAUGAUGGGUCAUCACCAUCAGUUAGACUGUCUUGCCAGGGUGAAGAUGAAGUAGAAUGUGGUGAUGAGGUCUUACAACCUGUCAGUGAGGCACAUGGGAGUAUUACCACCAAAAAAACACCUGACAGCAAGCGUGCUGUUGAAAGUCCGUCUUCUUCAGAGAGCCCCAGCCAAUCAGCAGUGGUGAAACCUCUGGCUUAUGAGAACAAAUCUGCUUCCCACAGUCAUCUGGUAGCUGUGUCUGAAAGCAUCAGUGACACAGAGAUUGUGUCAACAAAUGUGGACUCACUGCCCACCCUGACAAUAGUGUCAGCUAGUUGCACUCCUUUGCCACCCAGCCCUGAUGUAACUGACACAACAUCUAACAGCAAAAAGAGAAAACGUGAAUCGAAGACAAAACUCAUGCCUGUACAAAAUGGCAACAUCAGACGAAACAGUGUGAGUGAAGUCGAUAUUCCACUGGAUAUGGGAGUAACUUGCAGCCCUGUGCGAGCAGACUCCACACGCGCUGACACACCAACUCAGGACAUGGUCAGCAGUUCUCACUCCACACCUCCCCCUAAAAGGAACAAGGUGAAUGUGGCGACACAGUGUGAUCCAGAAGAGGUAAUCGUUCUCUCCGAUUCCGACUGACCUGUCUUCACUGCUGCAUUAUAGGGCAGUGAGCAUUCAUCCGCAUACCUCUUCCUUGUUCUGGCUGUGCUAGUGCCUGCCAGUGUGAACUCCUAUUGGAGCAGAGAAACAAAGCUUAAUGGGAAAGCACUUCUGCAUUGAGCUUAACCUUUGCCACCAUUCUACCAUUCCAGUAUCUUUUUAUACUGUAAAACAUUGCACUGCCCAGAUGGAACAGCAGCAUAAAAUCAGGGUCUUCUAAGUGUUUUUAGUAAUGUUUUAAUUGUAAAGGACUAUUGGAUUUGGAUAUUCAUUUUUGAAAGCUUGAGUGACCAGGUGAAAUUUUAGUUUUAGAAACUGUGUAAUAGGACAAAAUUGGAGGCAAGGCCUAUAUUUUGAUGGUUCUUUUA